AUGGAGGGCGAGAUGACGAGCCGCCGCCGCCGCCCCCGCUCGACGGCGGCGACGCCGCUGGAGGACGAGGACCUGCUCUCCGAGGUCCUCCUCCGCCUCCCGCCUCAGCCGUCCUCCCUCCCGCACGCCUCCCUCGUGUGCAAUCCAUGGCGCAGCCUCGUCUCGGAUCCGGGCUUCGUCGACCGCUUCCGCCUCCACCACCGCCGUAACGCCCCCCUUCUCGGUUUCUUCGGUAUUAGUUCAAGUCUUCGCCACAUCGACUUCGUACCCACCAUGGAUUCUCCCAAUCGUGUCCCCCAGUUCAGCUUCUCUUUGCCCGGCGAAGGCUACGGCGCGCUCCUUGGAUGCCGCGAUGGUCUCGUCCUCACUCUCCGCUUACCCUGGACGUGCCCCCGGGAAACACCAGAGGCAUCGUGGCGUCCGGUCCUGGUGUGGGAUCCUGUCAGCGGCAACCAGCACCGCAUUUCCCUACCCCCGACCUCCGAUGAUGCUAAGAUCUCGUGGUGGAUCAGUGGGGCGGUGCUUCGCUGUGCCGGAUUAGUCCACUUCCAGGUUGUCUUGCUGGUGGCAGACGAGGAAACACAAAAUAGAAGAUUGCUCGCCUGGAUUUACUCGUCCGAGACCGGUGAAUGGGGUGCUCCCACCUCGACACUGCUUCCAUCGUGGAACGUCUUACGAUAUACAGCCGAGCGCGCUGUGCUGGCUGGGAAUUCCCUUUACUGGAUCCUUGCUGGUAGUCCAUCAGGCAUCGUUCAGUUUGAUUUGGAUAGGGAGACACUCGCCGUGAUACCCGUUCCGCGCCAGUUGCAUAUGAUCCCCGAGAGCCACUACUCUAUUUUGCGGGCAGAUGAGGGCGGGCUUGGUUUCAUCAUGCUGUUGAAGUGGGACUACAAAGCCGUGUUAUACAACUGGAAGACAGAUUCUGAUGGUGUUUGUUCAUGGGUGAUCGUAAGAAUCAUUGAGCUGGACAAGCUACUUUCUCUGAAUGCAGAGAAGAAGUAUGCGCUACUUCUUGAGAAUCAAAGUAAGGAGGGCACAGGGAUACUAGGGUUUGCUGAGAUCAACAAUGUGAUACUUCUGAAGACGUUUGUUGGCAUGUUUAUGCUUCAGCUUGACUCAUUGCAAUUAAAGAAACUUCCCAGUACCCACGAGCGCAUCUUUGACGUGCAUGACUUCUGGCAUGCAUUCGAAUGUGUCUAUCCUGCAGGCUUUGGUGGUGGACGUGAACAUGGUGGAGCAGAAUUAUUGCAGAAUGCAUAAUAUGAUUGUCCAGACAGAUAUGCUAUCAUGAUAUACAAAUAGAGCUGGUACAUUGGAGAUACAGAGAUGGCUUCUUGGGUGUGCCUGUGGAAAUUGCCCCUCGGUAUUGCAUGCACCGGUGAUCUGUGAAGUGGCCUUUCAGGAGUCAAUCGCUUCCUUUUCUGAAUAGUGCCUAUUAUGUUGUACUUUUACCCGAUUGUAACUGAUGGAUGUUGAAUGUUCAACUGCAUGGUCAUUAUCCAUUGCUCCGUGCCACCCUAUAGCUCCACAGUGUCCGUCUCUGGCUGUUGUACUGUUAGAAAUUAUGUUUCUAUGCAAAUUGUUGUUGUACUGCAGAUUGUUGCUGUACUGUUAGAAACAUGUUUCUAUGUUGCAAAUUGUUGUUGUACUGUUA